CCCCGGUAGUCGGCGAUCCGGGACUCCGCGUCGGCUGUCUCUCUCUCCCCGAGUCGCCUCCCAUCCCCUCGGCCCCCCCUCUCUGUCGCCCCCGCCGCCCCCUGCAUCUCGCGGUCUUUGGUGGGCGCGUGGAGACGCCGAGACGCAGCCAAGGGGACUGCUGCUCCUCGCGCCGCAGGAGAGGAGAGAGAGGACGCACGGGGCACGCACGGGGCAGGCGCGGGGCAGGCGCGGGGCAGCCGCUGGGCAGCCGCUGGGCAGCCAUGUCCCGGAGGGAGCCGCUGCUGCAGAAGCUGAAGAGGAGCGUGCUGACCCUGCAGGAGCAGGGCACACCAGCAGUGAGCGAUGCCACCCCAGGGCUCACCACCUUCUGUGAGAACAUCGAACACAUCCUGCGAAAGGGCCUUAAACAGUCCGCGUUGAGUUUUACGAACAAGGACUACUGGAACUGGAUUGAGGCCCUCUCUGAAUUGAGCUACUGCACAAGGAACGUCCCCCUGCUCUCCUUCCUGGUGGACAUGGUGAAAUCCCGAGCGGACAUUUUCACGGCCCAAGGCCGGGGCCGGCUGCUGGUGCGGGUGGCGCUCACCAAGAAGGCACUGAGCUCCGUCGUCCGUGAGCUCACACGCCAGCCCUGCAUGCUCCAGCAAUGGUACGAGCCCGACUCUUCCAUCAUUGGCAACGAAGACAUGUUGGAGCCAUUCCUGUCCCUGGUGAAUGCUGCUGCUCAACUUUCUUUCAACCUGGAGCUGGAGGUCUCCACAUUCCUGGAUGAGAGCUGGCUCCUUCCCGUGCGGCACGUGUACGAGUUUGUCCCCUGCAAGGAGCUGGGAGCCCUGCUGUACUACGUGAAUGGACGCGCCCUGGUGGCCCAGCUGACGGCUGGGACGUACGUGGCGGAGGACGGCCGGCUGACGCUCGGAGACGUGAUCGACGAAAUCAACGGCGUCUCCAUUCACAACUCGGCCAAGGGCCAGGCGCUGGCGCUGCUGAGGAAGGCACGGGGGGAGCCCGUGGUGCUGACGGUGACGAAGCGCGUGGGCCGGGACGGGAAGGUGUUCCCGCCCCUCAAGUCGUACUACAGGCGCCUGCACGAGGAGGCGCCUGAGCUGCACGUUCCCCUCGAGGUGGAGGAGCAGAAGAAGACGGUCGAGUCGGGAGGCCAGGACGUGACGCCCAGGCCCAGCAAGUUUCUGCUGGAUGGCAGACUCGUGCACAUAAUGAAGUAUCUGGGGAGUGCGCCUGUCGGCAAGGAGGGAGAAGUGAAGUCAAUAAAUCUUGGGAUCCAGCUGGUGCUCAAGGGCAAGCCACAGCCGCAGGAGGUUUACCUGGACGUGCGGGAAACCGAAGUUGUCACGGUGCUCAAGAGCACGGUGAAGCUGUUGAUUACUCAUGCCUACACCGAGAUCUCAGCGGUGGGCCGACAGUUGGACAAGCCCUCGCUGUUCGGCUACUGCGUAUGCUCUAAAGGUGCCGACGAGGUCAGAACGUUUGAAUGUUACGUGUUUGACGUUGGCAAUGGUGACCAGUGCGAGGAGAUCAUCAAAAGGAUAGCGAGCGGCUUCGACAGAACCCAGUGGACGGUGUGACUGCGAGCCGAGCAGGGCUGCGCCGGGCCUUCCGCGCCGGCACUGCCGCCAGGGGGGGCCCCCUUCGCGCACAACGUGCUUUUCUCUAACGUUUGCAUCGUAACCCUUCGACCCGUAUCCUUAACUGGAAGCAACCGUACAGAGGUCGUCAUGAGCAGACGUUGUGCCCCGGUCCGUCACGCCGCUGCUUGUCGCUCACCUUCCUUCCCUCCUCGCCGCUGUUCCCACCAUGGCCCAAGCAUGCUUGCCAUGGGCCCCGAGGCAAGGGAUGAAAUGCUCCCCACCACCCCCCCCCUUCCCCCCUCUAUCCAAUUUCCUGCCUCUCUUCAUAGUCCGGCACCUGGGCCCCUCCAGCCUUUGGGGCCUGGUGCGGUUGCACGGCCUGCACACUCGAUAGUUAUGGCAAUGUCUGCCCAACCCUUUCCACUCAUCCCUCCCUCUGACCCUUUUUCCUGCUUUCUUCACGUAGCCGCCACACCACCAUCGCAUUCACACGAUGUAUAUAUGUAGAUCUUCUUUGGCACCCGUACGUAGCCAAGCGUUCUUAUCGGAGGUGCGGGCACAUCGGUGUGCAUCCUUACCCAUUCAGCCUGUCGGCACAUUUCCCCAUCGUGCCAACUGCGGCACGACCGCUCGUCCCAACCUCCCCCGUGUUCGUCUCUUCCCUCGAGCCCCCAGUGACGCCCAACAUGUGCAACCCAUUUUUUUUAAUUUGCCCCAACACGCUUGGCCAGGGCGAUUGGCCGGGUGAGGGCAGCAGGGCAACGCAUCGUAGACGCUCGCUGCCUCGCAGCAAGAAGCUGCUGAGUUAAAGUUCCAACUAGGGCACCUUUCUGCGUGGAGGAGCUGGUAUGACCCUCUCUCAGUUCUGCAUGGAGUGUUUUUUUUUCUUCUUCUUCUCUCUCUUAAGUUCUCUAAUUUCCUCCCAUAGCUGAAAUAUAUGUGUGACUGGUAUUGACCAAAUGUCUCAAUGCAAAACAAAUUACCUGCAUAUUACUUACAACUUUGGGAUUUCGCGUAUAAACAAUGCUCCCCCUCCCAACCCUCCUGACAAUACGUCUUAAGACUCCGUGGGGUCACUCCCGUAUUUUUGAUAUUUAUUUUUGGAGGUUCUCCGAGGGCCUGCUACGGAACCGUUCGUGGCAAGGGGGGGCUACUCAUUUUUGGUCUUCUAGAGUAAAAUGUAUGUUUUUCCCAUUGUUUCUGAUAAGAGUCUUAGAAUGUGGUUGCAUGGAGAUGCUAUAUGAAUCAAAAUAGUUAUUUUGACUUGUUCAUAUUUACUACAGCCUGAUGAACAUAGUUUUAACAGUAAUUUAAGAACUGUUUGUUUGUAUUUGUUUACUGAUGCACUGGUGUAGCAAGGAAAUCGCACGUACGUGCGCCCUAAUGCGCUGGAAUUCCGCAUUGGGGCUGCACUGGCAAUGCAAUACGGUUUAAAAUGUUUUCAUUCUAAAAUUAAUGUCAGCGCAACUCGAGGUGGUACAAGGGUUUCCACCCAUCUGGGUUGGACGAGGACAGUCCAAAAAUUAGCGUCUACGUUCAGAUGAAAGGAAUUCAUUUGCACCAAUAUCAAUUACCGGUAUUGUGAUAAAAGUAAUAAAUUUACACUUUUAAAUCACGUUUCACCGAGAGUUCACGGAGUACUGUGCAGAG